ACACCAACAGCACCAACACAAACAAAGCGCGUAUAGAAAAAAAUUUUUUUCCAACGUUCAUAAUUUGCGUGGAGCUGGGGAGCUGUCGAAGCAAGAAAACAAGACAAAAACAAAGAAAAAACGGCGAAUAUUGUGAAGAAAUUUGUAAUAAAAAAAAUUCGCAAAAAUAAGUGAACAGUUCAACCAAAAGAGGAAGAAGAAGCAACAGCAGCAUGUCCAGCUUGCCACGUCGCAUCAUCAAGGAGACACAACGUCUGAUGCAGGAACCGGUGCCGGGCAUCAAUGCGAUACCCGAUGAGAAUAAUGCCCGAUAUUUCCAUGUGAUUGUCACCGGACCGAAUGAUUCUCCCUUCGAGGGCGGGGUCUUUAAGCUGGAACUCUUUCUGCCCGAGGAUUAUCCGAUGUCGGCGCCCAAGGUGCGUUUCAUCACAAAGAUCUAUCAUCCGAAUAUCGAUCGCUUGGGUCGCAUCUGUCUCGAUGUGCUCAAGGAUAAGUGGAGUCCAGCUCUCCAGAUUCGCACCAUUUUGCUCUCCAUCCAGGCGCUGUUGAGUGCCCCAAAUCCCGAUGAUCCGCUGGCCAACGAUGUCGCCGAAUUGUGGAAGGUCAACGAGGCCGAGGCCAUUCGCAAUGCCCGUGAAUGGACCCAAAAGUAUGCGGUCGAAGACUGAAUUUUGGGAGUGAGAAUGGAAGACACGACGAUGAAGUGGAGAGAAAGUAGAGGGGGAUACUAGGGGAGGGGACGGGGGUAUUGAAACGAAUGUGAAACAUCAAGAAAUUGAUUUAAUCGUAUUAUAUAUAUAUAUAUUUUAGUUUUUUUUUUUUGCUGGGCGGGUUUAAAAUGAUUGUAAGCGAAAAGUAUACAGAACUCAGAUGCAUUGUUUUAUACAGGCAACCCAACAACAACAAUAAUAAUAAUAACAAACAUUUAUAAUAAACGUAACCUAAACUAUGAUAAUUAUUAUGAUAUUAGCAACAUUGCUCGUACAUAAAUUGACUGCUUUAAAUAACAGAACCACGAAGAAGAAGAUGAAGAAACAUCCGUUCAAUAAAUAUCGUAUUUCUGACUUUCAGAUUCAGAUUUCCUGAUUUUCAGAUUGUGGUUGUGUGUUCUCUGGGGUCCUCAGCUUUUUGAUCAAUCUAUGUACGAAAUGUUUGAAUAACAUGAUUAAGAAACGAGCCUUUUAUGGAAUUAGUACUUUACAUCAUACACGUAAUAACAAAUAUAUACAUGUAUGUAUGUAUAUAUACACACAGAUAUAUAUGUAUUAUAUAAAUAAUAAUAAAAGCAAAAUCAAAAUCAAAUCAACAA